GCGCAUUGUAAUAGAAGAUCAAAACCCAGACGACCUCCCUCAAAGUCUCACUCUCUCAGUCUCCCAGCGAACACAGCUGCAGCCAGCAACCCGUCUCCGCCAGUCCGCCUCUCCGGUCUCCGAGCUCCGCCUUUAGGCUCCAGGUAUCUCACUAUCUCUCUCUCCCCUCUCCGAGCUCCGCUCCUCCUCUUCUUCUCUUCUGAGUUUCUGAAUUCUAAAUUUCUAAUCUGUAAAACUGGGUUCGAUACUUGGAUUUCCAUUUAAUCUUGUGGGAAAUGGGUUCGAUUUUGAAUGGGUAUAGUUGAAAUGGGUUCGAUUUGACGAUUUCCAUUUGAUAUUUUGAUCUUGAUGGUAAUUUUAGGUUUUUAACGAAGAUAAUGUUGCUAAUUAACUGAACAUCACAUCAAUCAAAAUCCAAGUGCCUAAGACAACGUUUUGGUGCUCCAUACACCCUGGAAUGAUUAUAUUAAACUCCAGUUUAGUCGUUCCUAGUUGGAUGAUUAACCUUUAAAAACCUUUUCUGUCCAAUUUGCUUUUACUGGAAUAAAGUAACCAAAGUGUUAUUGCAGUGCCACUAAUUAUUGUUGAGAUUUAUUGUCUUGAUGGGGAGUGGUUUCCCACUUUGAUGGGUGUGUUGUGUUUUACUCUUUUAUUUUAUCUGGAAGCAGAUGGGGUAUUUUCAUCUUUAUAUAUAGUAAGGUUCAUCUGUCAUCAAGAAUGGAUCGAGACCUAGUCAUAUACCAAGAAUUGUUCUUUUUUGAAAAAGUCUUUGGAUAAUUUGUGUUCGAGCUUAGCUAGCUUCGGUUUGGUUAGCAGAAUGGAGUCUUUUAGAAAAGAAAAAGUAAACUAAAUUUGAAAGAAAUACAAACCUGGUAUGUCUGAAGGAUUUUUUUUUUUUUUAAUGACAAGGUCUGAAGGAUAUUAAUUUUUCUAUUAGACUGGUCCCCGAAGCACUGGCUCUCAUGCAUUGUGUUGUCACAUAUAUACAAUACCAUCCCAAUAGAUUUUGAUUGAUCGAUUUUAACUGAUUUGAUCUUGAUGUUAAUUUUAACUGUUGUUGACUGAAAAGCAGUGUUUCUAUAUGGAAAAACCGAGGAACCGAAUUUGGAACCGAUCCGAGUUUGGAACCGAAAAACCGACAAUGGAACCGAAAAACCGAGGAACCGACCCGUGCAUGGUCGGUUCGGUUCUAUAUCGGUUCUCGAACCUACGCGGGCAAAGCCCACAUGAUUUCUAGUCAUGCCCGAUAAUCACUCCGGCACGUCCACUUGAAUGAGAAGUAGCCUCUAAACAAACUAGUAACCUCUAAAAAAACUACUAAAAACCAAAACAACUCAAGUUCGAGUUCAUAGCGAUAUGAGGGAUUGGAGCCAAAGUCUUUGUUGAACUGGGUUUUUGUUAUCUGAUAUUCUGAUUCUGGGUGGUGGUAACUUCCUCUGCUUCUGGGGCGCUUAACCAACUCAUUAUUCACUUCACUGCAACUUCAGUUUUGGCUCCAUAACCAAAACACCCAACUCUUGUGGGAUUGCAAGCAUUGUUUCAUGUUUGCAAAGACAGGCCCUGCAUUGUUUGAUAUCGAAUUGAAUCGAGUUUAAGAACAUGGCCUCCACAAUUUUCAGAAGCUUUCAAACCCACCCUUUUGUGUUCCAUCCCACCACAUUACUUAGAAGAAAGAAUGUUCUUUUGUAUUGCACAAUGAGAAGUCAACAAACCCAGACAGCCACCCAAGUGAAAGUUUCUAACUUGAACCCGAAUAAGAAGCUGGAGAAUAUCUCGAAGGACUAUGAAGCAGUCAUAGGUAUCGAAACCCAUGUCCAGCUAUCUACUCAGACCAAGGCCUUUUGUAGUUGCCCUUAUAAUUACGGCUCUCAACCAAACACUAGUAUUUGCCCCAUUUGUAUGGGUCUGCCUGGUGCUUUACCGAUUUUGAACUUUAAGGUCAUUGAGUCUGCUGUGAAAGUUGGGCUUGCACUCAAUUGCAAAUUGGCAAUAAACUCGAAGUUUGAUAGGAAACAAUACUUUUACGCGGACCUUCCAAAGGGGUACCAAAUAUCCCAGUUUGAUGUUCCAAUUGCGACCGGUGGCUACAUUGAUUUGGAUAUUCCAGUAGAGUUUGGUGGUGGGCAUAGGAAGUUUGGCAUUACAAGAGUUCACAUGGAAGAGGAUGCAGGGAAGCUGAUGCAUUCAGACGAUGGAAGUUACUCACAGGUUGAUCUAAAUAGAGCGGGUGUGCCCUUGCUUGAGAUUGUUUCUGAACCUGAUAUGAGAAAUGGUAUUGAAGCUGCAGAAUAUGCUGCAGAAAUACAGAGGGUGGUUCGGUAUUUGGGAGUGAGUAAUGGCAAUAUGCAAGAAGGUUCACUUCGUUGUGAUGUCAAUGUUUCUAUUCGACCAAUUGGGCAAUUACAGUUUGGGACGAAGGUGGAGAUAAAAAAUUUGAACGCUUUUUCAGCAGUGAGCAGGGCAAUUGACCAUGAAAUUUCGAGGCAGGUGCUUCUUCAUAGUCAAGGCCAAGACAAAGAAAUUGUACAGGAAACACGACUAUGGGACGAAGGAGCUCAGAAAACAGUUACAAUGAGGAAGAAAGAAGGACUAUCUGAUUACCGAUAUUUUCCCGAACCAGACCUUCCAGGAGUUUUCCUCACCCAGGACUAUGUUGAUGGUAUUCAUAACUCUUUGCCUGAACUUCCAGAAAUGAAGCGUCGAAGGUAUGAAAAGAUGGGCCUAAGCAUGCAGGACAUUCUUUUCCUUGCUAAUGACAUGAAUGUUGCAGAAUUUUUUGAUACCACUAUUAAGAAGGGUGCUGAUGCGAAGCUAGCUGCCAACUGGAUAAUGAGUGAUAUUGCUGCCUAUAUGAAAAAUGAAGAGUUGUCCAUCAAUGAGGUCAAGCUUUCCCCCCAAGAGUUGGCUGAGUUAAUAGCUUUCAUAAAAGAUGGGACUAUUAGUGGGAAGAUAGGGAAACAGAUAUUGUUUGAGCUACUAGCAAAAGGUGGUACUGUGAAGGGACUGAUAGAAGAAAAAGAUUUAGUUCAGAUUGUAGAUCCCGCUGAGAUUGAGAAAAUGGUGGAAAAGGUGUUGUCAGAGAAUCCAAAGCAGCUGGACCAAUAUCGUGGUGGAAAGACUAAGCUGCAAGGUUAUUUUGCUGGCCAGAUAAUGAAACUAUCGAAAGGAAAAGCAAAUCCAGGGCUUCUAAAUAAGAUUCUGUUAGAGAAAUUAAAUGCCAAAAGCUGAUACAGUUUGCUACCAGAUGAUGCAAUGACCUGGCCAGAUGUAUUCAACUCUAGUGAAUUUGAUCACACUGGAAGGGCCAUUACACUUUGUAACAUGAUUUAUACAGCUCAUGGUGGAAGUCUAUUUAGACUUUGAUGUGUUAGUUGACAUCUCUCCUUCUGAACCAGUAAUUGACAGCCGCUUGAAAAUCUAUGUGCCCUAUCUGGAGAGCCUAGCUAGAAGUGAUUUGCUCCUGAUAUUGUAUUUCCUUCUUCUGUUUGAUUUUGGUCUAUAAUGUUAGCAAGUUGGACGGAUCAAUAUUGAAUUGUAACCUGACAUGCUCCUGCUAUAUAAUCACUUCCAGAUUUCAAGCUCCUAAUUUUGGAGUUCAUUUUCUUUC